AUGUUCCAUUUGUUAGUUUUGUUGAUAAUAGUUACGAAUAGUUUUCCUAUAACAGAACUUGUGGAAGGCACUUCAACAUCAAAUUUAAAAUGGGAAAAGCAAGAUUCUUCUCCAUUUAAUUAAUAAUUUUCUUGUGACAAUGGAUAGUUGAUAGGACCUUUUCUUGGUAAGGUUGAAAUGAAUAUAAAAAAAACAAUUACCGAUCUUGAACCUCAUUAUUCAUUAUAAAUUACAAUAGAUCUUUUAUUAACAGAAUAUUGGUCGGGAAUAUCAAACUAUGUUAAUAUAUUACUAGAUUCAUAAACUAUUUAUUCUGAUUCAUCUAUAAGCUCCUCUAAUUUCAAUACUCCCAGUAAUUAUUGCCAAACAAAUGCAUUUUUGUAAGUAUUUAAAUUAUAUUAGUACAUUUGUGUAUAAUUAAUAAUUAAUCACUAUAAGGUAGAAGAUAAUUAAUCAAAAUAUAAGUCCCACUUUAGAAAUUUAAUCUAGUUUUUAGUGCACUUAAUUAUCUACAUACACAACUUGUGAGAAAUUAUUAGUGAAAAAUAUUGUUAUCACUCCCUUCUUAUGUCAUUUUACUUGUCUUACUUGCAACGGUCCUGAUAAACAUCAUUGUUUAACAUGUCCAUAAGGAAUAAUAUAAAAUGGCAGAUGCAACUGUGAAAACGGAUAUUAUUCUUUUAAUUAUUAAUGCAUUUAAUCAUGCCCCUAAUAUUAUAUUAAUUAGGGUUAAGAAUGUAGAUUAAACUGUUCAUUAAAUUGUUAAGAUUGUUAAGGAAAAUAAUGUAGAAAUUGUGAAAAUGGCUAUAUAUUAUAUAAUGGAUCUUGUGUCAAUAGUUGUCCAAAAGGUAGUUCUUUAUAAAAUGACAUUUGCGUUGAUUAUUCUGAUUAAUCAAAAUUUGGUUCUGAAUUUAUAGGAAAAUAUUUUGAUGGCUUAUAAAUAGAUCUUGAAAGUUAAAUAAGUGAGUUUACCUUUACUUUUAAUCCUUUAUUAUCAAAAUUGACAGGAUAAAUAUUUUCUACUUUCAAUAAUUAAUAUUUAUUAGGAGGGUUUGGUGUUUGGGGUGAUGGAUAUUUUAAUAUUAAUUAUUAUGGACUCCCUGCGCAUAAUAAAAUAAGAAUAUAUUUAACAGCAUGGUUCAUUGAUAAUUGGACUGAUGAACAUAUUAUUGUUAAAUUAGAUAAUCAAAUAAUAUACGAUAUCCCCUAUUAAUCAUAAAAGGCAAUUAAUAAUUUAUUUUACUAAAGCAAUAAUGAUUACAUUGAAGAUAUUUUUUUGAAUGUUGUACAUACAUCAAGUUCAGCUUAAAUAACUUUUUAAACAACCUUAUCUAUAUCUGCUUAUUAAGCCAGUUUAGCAUUAAGUAAUAUAUAUAUUUUAAUCGAUUAUUGUGAUGAUAAUUGUGAUAUUUGUAUAAAUACUUAAUGCACUGCAUGUAAAGCUCCUUAUUAAUUAAUACAUAAUGUAUGUGCACUUUGUGAUUCUACUAAUUUUAGAAAUAGUGAUUGUACCUGUCAAAUAGGUUAUUAUGAUGAUAAUAUAAACUAAUAAUGUUAAAAAUGUAGAUAAGAGUGUGAAUCAUGUCUUGAUGCCAAUAUAUGUACUUAUUGUAAAUUGGGAACUAAUUUAAUAACAUUGCCUUAUUGUAUGAACUGCAAUACAGGUUUUUAUUAUGAUAAUGGAAUGUGUUCUAAAUGUGAUCCAAGUUGUUUGUCUUGUUUUGGAAAUGGAAAAUCUUAAUGUUUAUCAUGUUAUAAUGACUAUGUUUUGAAUAAUAAUAAUGAAUGUCAAACUUGUAUGACAAAUUAAUUUAUUUACAAUAAUACUUGUUAGGAUUGCUAAUACAAUUGUGAAACUUGUAAUGCUCCAUAAAAUUGUUUAACAUGUACAAUAGGAAGAAUUAAUGCUCCCUUUUGUAUAUGUCAGACAGGUAUAUUAUAUCCUUAUAAUAUUAUAAGGAUAUUUUGAAAGUGAUACCAAAUAAUGUUAACCAUGUAAUUUUAAUUGUUCUUCUUGUGAAAUUCAAAAAGAUAAUUGUUUAAUUUGUUCAGGAAAUAGAUUAAAUCCUCCUUUAUGUAAAUGUCCUAGUGAUUCUGAUUAGAAUGAUAGUUAUAUUUGGUGCACAGGUAUGAAAUAAAUAUAAAUUUAGAUUGUUCUAUUGUUAAUUUAGAUAUAAAAAUAACUAAUAAUAUCAAAAAAUUAAUAAUAAAAUUUGGAAAACAAAUAAAAACAAUUAAUUCUUAUUGUCCAGGACUAUUUGAAGAAUCUACACUUCAUUAUUUAGGUAUUAAUCCUAUUUGCUUUGUUAAUUCAUAUUCUAUUGAAAUUCUUUUAGGUUAAAAUGCAACUAUUUAUUUUGGAUUGUCUAUUCAUUUCAAACCAAAUAUAAUUAAAUUAUAAUAAUGUUAACAAUCAGUAUCUUAAUUUUUGAAUAAUAUUUUAAACUAUAGCACAGAUUUAGAAGCUCCUUUGAUAAUAUUCUCAAAAAAUUCUGUAGAGUUGUCAACUUGCUCUAAUAAUUAUAAUCCAGAUACAAUCUAUUAAAUCUAAACCUAUAAUUUUGGAAGUAAUCAAAUAACUUUUAUAGAAUGGAAAUUGAUUAGGGCCUCCUAAUAAGAUCCAAAAAUUAUUCAACUUCUAGAUAAUCUAACAAAUUAAUUUAAGAAUUAUAAUUAAACAAAUAAAUUUGAAUUCCUUUACCAUAAACUAGAUAUGAAUAAUGAAAUUUUAUUAGAAUUAAAGUAUCAAAAUUUUUUAGGUAUUUAAGGAAGCAGUUUUAUUACAAUUAAAUAAUUAAAAAACAAAUUGCAAUUAAAUGUCCAAACACAAAAAAAUAAAUAUUUAAAUUCUUAAUUAAUCCAAAUUUUUAUAUAGGUCUCUUAAUGUUAAGAAGUACUGAAAAAUGAUGAUAAAUUUAAUAUUUCAAUUAUAAUUGGCACUCUUAAUAAGUAAGUUGAAGUACGUUAGGGGGAAUAUUAUAUUUAUUAUAUAGAACCUUAUAUGCUCAAUCCAGGUCUUUAAUAGUUAAAUAUUAAAGUCUUUUAUCAAGAAAACCUAUAGAUAGAAGAUAAUUAUUAGAUUCUAAUAGUGAACGAAGGACCUUUGUUAUAAUUAAUGACUGAAACAAACUAUUUGAGCUUUUCAUAAAAAUUAGUGAUACAUGGGGAAGUGAAAAAUCUAGAAUAACAAAAUCCUUUAUUGAAAUGGGAUUGCUUUGAUAUUACUUAAAAUGCUGAAUGUUAAACUUUAAAUCAGACCUUAUUGAUUUUAUCUGAUUCAUAAAAUCUGACUCUAUAGCCUUAUACAUUAAAUCCUUUUACAGUUUAUAAAUUUACAGCUAGCUUCUUAGAUUUACAAUAAUCUGUAUCAAUUACUAUUGUUGAAACAAAUGUUCCUAAAAUUGAAUAUGAGUCCUAUCCUAAAAUUUCUGAUGGAUUCAUCAAUUAUUAUGAUUAACUACUAUUCAAAUUCAAAUAUCUAGAAAUAGUUUAAAACCCUGAUUUACUAUUAUAUACAGGAAUAUUAUCAAAUUCUGACUUAUUAAUAAAGCAUUUUAGAUUCAAUUAUUUAGAAUUGUAAAUAAGUCUUUGGCAUUAUUUUACUAUUGAUGAAUUAACAAACCAUAUGACAUUAAAGAUAAACAUUCAUAAUCCUGAUUACUUUUUGCCAUCUUAAGUUACUAUACCAUUAAAUAUUAAUAUACCACCUUUAAAAUGCAGGAUAAAUCUUGAUUCAUAGAAUGCAUCUACAAUCUCCAAUUUUACAAUAAAAGUAACCAAUUGUUAAGAUGAUAAUAUUCCAUUAUAAUAUAGAUUAGUACUUUAUUAUAAUGAUUCAGAUCUAAAUUUAGAUUAUUCUAUUAAUACAAUUUAAAAAGGAAUUAUUUUAUUUGAUUAUUAGUAUAGUAAUAUAUUUGAAACUAAAUUGACAGGUAAUGAAAUUAUUUAAUUAAUGGUUUAAGUAAAAGAUAAUCUUAAUGGUAUAAGUAAUUACACUACUUCAUUAAAUUUUACAUAUGUAUAAGGACAUUUAGCUAAGUUAAACUUGAAUUCAGGGUCUAUAACAGAAACUUUAAUUUAUGCAGCUAGUUUAUAAUUUGAAUAAAUUUCUAUUUCUUAAGAAAUAUCAUAAAUUCUAUAAAAAUAAAUAGAAUAUUUUUCUAGUUGCUAAUGUGUUACACAAAAAUAAUUGGUAACUCUAAAAACUUUAUCAAAAAAUCAUAUGAGUUGGAAACAUUAUGAUAUUUAAAAUGAAUUAUCUUUAUAAAAAGAAAGGUUAAGUUCUAUAAAAUAAUUAUUGGCAAAUUAACAUUUAAUUGAGUAUUAUAAAUAUGAACAUACAUUAUAAGAAUUAAAAAAAAUAACUUUAUUAGAAGAAACAGUAGAGAUAGCAAAAUACAUUAAUGAAUUGUAUGAAUUAAAUAGAGUUUACUAAUAUUAAACAAGAAUUUUAAUAAAAGAUUAAGAUAUCUAAAUAAAACGAACUAAUAACUAUAUUAUCAUGGAUUCAAUAAAUUUAAUUGCUGAUAUUUUAUUGUAAAAUUAAAUAAUAAAUGGAAAAUUAUUAAAUAUUACAACAAAUUCUUUUAAAAUUUCUACAUAAAAAACAACUUAAAAAGUAUUGGAAUACUUAAUAAGCAAUUCUUUAACUGAACCAUAAGUUAUUGGAUAAGAAGAAUAAUUAGAUAAUAAAAAGCCAGAAUUAGAAACUUAUUCUUAUAAAAUGGUUAGGUAUAGCACAAACCCUUAUAAUUAUGACUCCUAUUUUACAAAUAAUUAUGCAGUUUAAUAAGAUUACCCAUUGUAUUAACCUGAAAUUAAAUAUUUAUCUAACCAAAAUCUAUUUUAAAAUAUUAUCACAGCUUAAGGUAUCAGAUAUAAUUUUGAAAAUUAAGAUUAAAAUCUAAUAGUAGAAUGUGUGGCAAAAGUGAAAGAAAGUUGGAGUUUAGAUUCUUGUUAAACUAUUUAAGAAAAUAAAAAAAUAAUAUGUUAAUGUUAAUAUAUCUCUUCAACAACAAUAUUGGAAGCAGCACAAAAAAUAUUUGAUGAAGCUGUUGAUUUCUUUUCACUUUAAACUAUACAUAGAAUGCUUAAAUGUUAAUACUAGUCUAUUAUAUUUACAUAUAUAGUGAUGAUUUAUACAAUUUUGUUUCUUUGGUUUAUUCUUUAUGGAUAUAAAUUGGAUUAGACCAAAAAUGAAGAUAACUUAUUUCAUUCAACCAAGGUUACUCCAACUGAUUGGGAUUUUGCAACAGAAAAACAUGGAAGAAUUAUAAAUAUAGGAGAAACAGAAUCUGAAAAAUAAUUGGCAACUAUGGAUGGAAAUGUUAUUAGAAGAGAAAAUCCAAAAAAAACCAUAUUUAAUUCUAAUGAUAGCCAAAUCACAUCUGAUGAUAAAUACUUAAAACGCCCUAGUGUGGAUUAUUAUAAAAAAAUGUUAGCUACAAAGAAAAGUUUAGCUAUAGCAACUAAUAUUUGUUCAGAGAGGAUCAUGGAAGAAAAUGAACCUUAAUUAUCCCCAAAAUCAAGAACUCAAAAUAGUCCAAGUGUUAAAAUAGUUACUUCACCAUUGUCAACACCUAGAAUGUAAUAUUUAAAUUGUUAAGAAUGUCUGUAUGAACAAUAUAUUACUUAAAGAAUUACUUUUGGAAAAGCUAUACUAUUUUAUAUUGAAGUAUUUUAUUUAUUGAAAACCUUAGAUAAAUCACAAAGUACUAAGUCUCUAUUAUUUAUAUGAUAAAGAUUGUUCUAGAAUUUACAGAACUAUCAUUUUAUAUGUGGCUUUAUUAGGGGAGAUAAGCAUUUUGACAUUUUUUGGAAAAGUAAAGUAUUUUUUUUAAUGUAGAUCAUUAAUUUUAAUUCAAUAAUAGCACUCUCUUUGUUAUAAACCUUAUUUGGAGUAAUUUAUAGAAAAUUACUAUAAGUAUUUUUAAGAUCAGAAAAAAAAUUCAUAAAUUAUAUAGGGUUUAAUUUAGUAAUAUUGAGUAUUUUAUUCUUUUUAUUCAUGAUAUUUGGUAGUGUGGCUAAAUAUCAAUCAGUUUUAGAAGCUUCAUUAUGGGGAGUAGCUUAUAUAAGCAGUUUUAUAUUAGAUUAUAUAGUUUAUACUAACUUUCAGAUUUUAUUAUGUUUCUCAAUAAUUGUGAAAUUUGGAAAUUCAUAGACUGUUAAAGUAUUCUAUAUAUCUAUUUUAGAAAUAUUUAAAAGUAUUUUUGAAUGAUAAGGUGUUUAUCUAAAUUUUUGGAAAUGCAUGA